CCGGUGGAGAUCCACUACCAAGCGGACAUGGGUCUGAACGGGUUCUGCGCGGUGCCUGCUGGGAGCCAGACGGCCGCGGAGCUGCUGGCGGACAUGGCCUCUCAGACCAACUCACCCGGAAUCACGACCCCAACGAAGCAGUCGAAAAGCGGCGUGCCGCCGCUCUACAGCGGCGGGCUGGUGCCCCCCUCUGCCACCGUGGAGGCGAACCAGGCCGGGGUGGUGGCUCAAACCCCGCAGGGAUACCCCGUGAGGGUGGGCGGGCACCCCCUCACCCCCAGAGGCUGUCUGAUGGAAAACGGGGACAGGAUGGUGCAGGAGAGCUGCUCUUUGUCAACGAGGAGGUUCAACGGUGACCUGAAGGUCAGACAGGCUCAGCAGCAGAAGAGGAGGUGUGGGGAAAACCGGGAUGUUGGGUCAGAGAUUCACAACGGCCACAUGAUGGGGUCACCCGGGUUAGGCAGCUCUGGAGACCCGGUUUUCUCCUCAGGGGACUUGGACUCGAAGAGGAGGAAGCUGACAGACAAGUCGUCAGAGGGGCCCAGAGUGACCCGAGGAGUCCCCCCACUCACGGUCACUGUUAGCAGUGGAGUUUCUUCUCAUGCUAACCAGCACAAUGGACAUUAUGUGGCACCCCCAGACUCACCAGCAGCACCCAUCCUGAUUAACCCCACCCUGGCACCACAGCCCGCUGCAGGAGGCUCUGGCUUGUCCUCCGAGUGCAUCGCCAAGCAAUACAUCAUCCCCUGCAUGAAGUACUAUGGCAUCUGCGUGAAGGACAACUUCCUCGGGACGCAGUUGGGCGACAGGGUCCUCGAGGAGGUGGAGGUUCUGAACAGCAGUGGGAAGUUUCGGGGAGGGCAGCUGGUGAGCCAGAAGAGCAUUCCCUCUCAGAACAUUCGUGGGGACCAGAUUGCAUGGGUGGAGGGGCAGGAGCCCGGAUGCCAGGGUAUCGGGGCACUGAUGGCCCACAUCGAUGAGGUGGUCAUGCACAGCGCUGCCAAUGGACAGCUGGGAAACUGCGUCAUCAACGGACGCACUAAGGCCAUGGUUGCUUGUUAUCCAGGGAGCGGAGCAGGAUACGUCCGCCAUGUUGAUAACCCCAAUGGUGACGGCCGCUGCAUCACAUGUAUCUACUACCUUAACAAGAACUGGGACGUCAAGACACAAGGAGGACUGCUGCAGAUCUACCCCGAAGGCAAAAACGUAGUAGCCAACAUUGAACCUUUGUUUGACCGACUGCUCAUCUUCUGGUCUGACCGCAGGAACCCACAUGAAGUCAAACCGGCCUACGCCACGCGAAAGGUGCGUGUAAACAAGGACAAUGACUUCAAGAUGGCUGACUUUAUGGGUGUUGUGUCUCUUUGUCCCAGGGAACCGAGCAGCGCCGUGGUUCUCACGGGACGGGAUGAGUCUGAGCACCCAUCCCAGGGUCGUCUCAGACACAGAGGGAGGUUUGGACUGUCUGACCCCUCUCGGUCUGACCUCCGCCGGGCCCCACCAGCCUUACCCACUCCUGCCCAUUCGCCCACCCUCGCGACAACAUUCUUCCAGGUCUGGCUUUUCAAAGAAGCACGAACAUCUAAACACUAA